UCUCUCUCACUAAUUUUUUUGUAAUUUACUGUUUUGUCUCUCCCCUAAUAAAUCUCAAAAACGUCUUCUUCUUCCUUCUUCUCUCUGUUCUAAUUACAGAGUCUUUUGUUGAAAGAGUUUUUUUAAAAUGAACCAAUCCAAUUCAGUAUCGACGACGACGACGACAAAGACAACAGUCAAACUCAACCUCUGUAGAUGAAGAGGUUCAUCAACUCAACCGUGACGUUUCCCGUCACCGUCACCGUCGCCGUUAUCUUCCUCCUAUUGUCUCCCGUCGUCACCUCCUUAGGUUCAGGCUCAACAUACGCCGUCGUUUACGGCUCCGACACCGUCUGCGCUUUAAUCUCCGGCCAACCCGCGCAGCGUAUACUCUGUUACGACACGCGCCGUCGUACAAACGUCACUCUAAACCCCGGCGUAUCAUUCUCCUCGAUCGCCGCCGGAGAUAACCUCCUCUGCGGUAUACGCUCCGGUGGUUACAGCCUUCUCUGUUGGGACAACAUAGGAAGCUACACUCUCGAUCCCAAAAGAAUCUACCUCAACGACACCGUUUUGCUCCAGAGUCUCUCCGUCGGCGAUAAACAAAUCUGCGCCACCGUCAACGGCACAGGUUCAGUAAAAUGCUGGAGAGGUUCCGUAAAAUGCUGGAGAGGCUCCGACCAAUCGAAACCUCCGACGAACGAGAAGUUCCGGUCAAUUUCAUCCGGCGUUGGUUUCUCCUGCGGCGUUUCAAUUCCUAACAACCGGAUCCUUUGCUGGGGAUCCGAUUCGACCAAAUCGGGUCGGAUCCAAACCGGAUUCGGAAACACGACGAUGAUGACCAUAUCCGCAGGUGAAUCACACGCUUGUGGAUUAAACUCUACCGGGAGUUUGAUUUGCAUCGGAAACAACGAAUCUGGUCAGCUCAAUGUUAACCAACAUAACCGUUACUCAACUCUCUCGCUCGGAUCAAACUUCACCUGCGCGACGAGAAGCUCUAACAACUCGGUGGUUUGUUGGGGAGGAGGAGCAGAGAGGUUCAACAAUGUAACAGACUCGAUCUCGUUCGAGUCGAUAUCUUCGGGUCCGGGUCUAAUCUGCGGGUUAGUAUCAAGUAACCUCUCAAUCAUGUGUUGGAACCCUACAAAUUUCUCAAGAAUCUUCCUCCCUUUCCCAGAAGUCUUACCAGGUCCUUGCGUUGCAUCAUCAUCAUCUCUUUGCUCUUGUGGUAUCUAUCCCCAAUCUGAUAAGCUCUGUUCCGGUUCCGGUUCGAUCUGUAAAUCAUGCCCGGUUCAGUUCUCAGCGAGUCCUCCGAGUCAGUUUCCUCUUCCACCACCGUUAUCACCACCGUCAGAUUCGUCUCCUCCGUCGAAAGCUUUAACGAGAGGGUUGUUAGCGUUUGCGAUCGUUGGAUCAGUUGGAGCAUUCGCAGGGAUAUGUAGUGUGGUUUACUGUCUAUGGACUGGAGCUUGCUUGGGGAAGAAGAAAGUUCAUAACUCUGUUCAACCUACUAUAACUCGCGGCGGUUCUAAUAGCCGGUCUAACAGUUCUAAUAGCCGGUCUUUAACCAUAAGACGACAAGGGUCGAGGAUGUUAUCAAUGAGGAGACAGAGAAGUGGAACGUCUUCGAUGAAACACCCGGAUAAAGCUGAAGAGUUUACCUUCUCGGAGCUAGCUUCAGCCACAGGAAACUUCUCUCUAGAGAACAAAAUCGGUUCGGGGAGCUUCGGUGUUGUUUACAGAGGUAAACUCAGCGACGGGAGAGAAGUCGCGAUCAAACGCGGCGAAGUGAACGCGAAAAUGAAGAAGCUUCAAGAGAAAGAAACCGCGUUUGACUCGGAGAUCGCGUUUCUAUCGAGGCUUCACCAUAAGCAUUUGGUGAGGCUAGUUGGUUACUGCGAGGAGAAAGAAGAGAGGCUUCUUGUUUACGAUUACAUGAAGAACGGUGCGCUUUACGAUCAUCUACACGACAAGAACAACGUGGAGAAACACAGCAGUUUGAUCAACUCAUGGAAAAUGCGGAUCAAAAUCGCGUUAGACGCGGCUAGAGGAAUCGAGUAUCUACACAAUUACGCGGUGCCACCUAUCAUUCAUAGAGAUAUUAAGUCGUCUAACAUCUUGCUAGACUCGAAUUGGGUCGCUAGAGUUUCGGAUUUCGGGUUAUCAUUAAUGGGUCCAGAGUUAGGGAAAGAUCAUAACCAUCAUCAUCAUCAUCAUCAACAACGUCCAAUGAAAGCUGCGGGAACGGUCGGAUAUAUUGAUCCAGAGUACUACAGUCUCAAUGUUUUAACGGACAAGAGCGACGUGUAUGGACUGGGAGUGGUGUUGUUAGAAUUGCUGACAGGCAAAAGAGCGAUAUUUAAGAACGGUGGUGAUUUGGAGGAAGGGACAGCACCGGUGCAUUUGGUGGAUUACUCGGUUCCAGCGAUUACAACGGAUGAGCUGGGGAGGAUAUUGGAUCCGAGAGUUGGAACACCGGGGCUAGGGGAAGGAGAUGCGGUUGAGCUGGUGGCUUAUACGGCUAUGCAUUGUGUGAAUGCGGAAGGGAGAAAUAGACCGACGAUGACGGAUAUAGUUGGGAACUUGGAGAGAGCGUUGGAUUUGUGUGGGGAUAGUCAUGGGAGUAUCUCUAGUAGUGGUAUUUGCUCUAUUGUCUCUGAUUAAGAGAGAUUCAAAAUCAAAAUAUUUGACUCUCGUUUCUUUGAUUUUUUUUUACUACAUAGGAAAAUUAUUUUGAGGAUUUCAUUGUUUCUCUUAAAUAUUUUCGGAUUUGUUUUGGAUGACUUUUUUUUGUUUUUCGUCUGUAAAUAGUGUUAGCAUAGGAAAACUGGAAUAUUCAACAAUAUUCAUGGUCUAACCCCUUUUGGUUGGGGAAAUGUAUCAUUUGGACAGCGGAGACGAGAGCGAAUGAUUAAAAGUUGGAAAUCAUUAAUUUA